AUGCCGCUCCUACGGCGCAGACUGCGCUGUCAUUACUGCAAUGUUCAGUCGCGAGAGAGCGUCUCCCAGAUACCCAAAAAGUACCGCUGUCCACAAUGCGACGCCGUGAAUCACUUUGAUGAGCGCGGAAAUAUCACAGAUCCACCGAUAGAAGAGAUUGCAACUAUUUCUGCACCUGUGCUUCAGUACAUACCCUCGCGCUCACCCUCGCCCUUUAUGUCCGCUCCCACCGACAACAUCUUCUGCGACGCGUGUCAACAUAACCAAACGCUAUACACCAGUCUGCUCGCCGAAUUUCUCCCAGAAGAAGACGAUCCGCAGUACGACCAAUACCUCGCAGCCUACGACAACUACAAGAUCGAGCUCGAGGAGCGCUACCCACAAGUGUGCAAGAAUUGUCUGCCCCGGGUCCAAAACCAGAUACGAAAUGCGAACCAUGUAGCGAGAGCAGACAAUUUGGCGCGCAUAAUGGAAGCGAGCAAAGAGAAGCGCACAGUUGUGUACACGGCGCGACAAGCAUGGACGCUCAGGGCUAUUUCGCUAGCCAAGUGGACUUACAUUUUGAGUACGGUGGUGGGACUGCUCUGGCAUGUCGCUGGGCUAAUCAUGAUCCCCAAUGAGGCUAUUCGAGAAGGCCAGAUCUUCGCUUGGAGCGCAUGUUUGCAUCAAGUAUUUCUCUCACGCUCCAUCGACGACAUCUGUGUACUUUCGCCGUAUGUAGUCAAAUGGUUGCAAUACGCUAUCCUUGCCGACCUGCUCACUAUCUGGUGGAACCCCAAGUUGAAGCUCAAAACGAACAGUCUAACGGGCAGAAUGCAUGGACUCAAGUCACUAUGGUCAAUUCGCUCUGCCGUCAUCGCACUCCGCCUUGCGAGUCUCUACUAUUGGCAGCAUACCGCAGUCAGCAGCGAUACCCUACAGAGCUUCCGAUACACUCACACAGUCAUGGCCAGUGUUCUUGCUCUUUCUUUCGUCCUGACAUGGAAAACUGUGCGCAUAGUCUACGGUGCUGCACCCUCAUUCCCCAAGGCAGCCCAAGAGCCUGUCCUCAGCGAACCCAGCAGCGCAAAGAAAGAAAGGAGGGGCUCCUACCAUCCUGCACACCCGCAAGCGGAUCUUUUCGAUAGCAUGGCACAUUCGUUUGCAUCUGGAAUCCAAGGCUAUCAAGAAUCCUCUCCCGCCCCUCCAUCACCUACUCUCACUGAAUCAUCCUAUACCACACACGCGACCGAAGCCACAACUCCCUUCGCCCAACGCAACUCUUUCCUAGACGUCGACGACAUGGACUGGACCCCGACAAAAGGCCGCUUCUCCACCCAACCCCCUGAAAUUAUAUCCAACCAAUUUUCCAAGCGCCCAGCUUUCGCUCAGCAACAAGCCUCGCCCUCCGCCAAACCCCGAGAACCACAUUCCAUCUUCGCCCGCAAAGACCCAAAUCCCUUCCGCCACCGCGUCCCCGCCGCACCUCCCACCUCGCUCGCCGCCCACCAAAAACCCGACCCAUGGAAACGCGGAGUGUGGGCGCCGCCACUCAAAGAAAGCAUGCCCAACUUCUUCAAAGAAGAGAAGCAGACGAGGGGUGCGGAUGGGACCAGCAAAUCACAGGGCUUAGAGGGUCUGGGCGUACCGAAGAAUGUCAAGCGGGAUGCGGAGCUGUUUGCUAGCCCCAAACUCAAAUAUGAUUACUAUGGCACGAUGAAAGAUACGGGGCUGGAGGAUACGUUCAAUGCCAUGUUCUCCAAAUAG